AUGCAAAUCAGUCUCAAGACCCUCUACAUCGCCGCCGCCACGCUGAUGGCCGCCAGCAGCGUCUCCGCAGACAGCUGCUCUCGUUGGAACGGCGAUAAAUGCCCUGACAACCGGCCCGUGAGCUGCGGCGACGGAUGCUGCUGCGAGACACUCAACGUCUGUCCGGUUUGGCAGGAGGAGCGUGACGUUCAUGCGGAUACCCUUGGGCGCAAUUUUUGA